AUGGAUCCCCCGCUCACGUCGAUUUUAAAAAAACGCCGUCUGCAACGCAUUGGCGGUAAACCUAUAAUAGAAUGUAGGCGGGAAUUCACCUUGCCACACAAAUUUCCGAGUAUGAUCAACACGCCUAAAUGUAAUUCGGUGUUCGAGAAGUUCACUACAUCCAACACGGGUGUGCAGAGCAGUUUAAAUGGAUUGAAGAGCAAGAAGAUACUGGCUACUAAUAGAAUAACGAAAUUAAGAAUAAAAACAAAAGAUGGCAUCGAUUUGGGAGAAGUUAAGGUACAGCUGUUGACUAGUGAUCAGCAGAAUUUAUUGAACGUCCCACAGAUUGUCAAAGUCCAACAAACUUUAAAUUGCAUGAAGAAUAGCGUUGCUGGUGUUUCUACUUCCUCACCAAGUAAUACUGUGAAAAUAGUAAAACCAGUAGGAUCUCAAUUAUGUAGAGAAACGCAGAAAUAUAUUAGAGAAUCACAUUGCCCCGCAAAGCGACAAUUUAUCGUUUCUCCUAGUAAAAUGUCUAUAGCUCAAAAUAAAAAUAUGAAUGUGAUUCAGAAGCAUCAUGUUUUAACCAAAGUAAAUAAGACUCAAAGUAAUAGUUCACUAAAUGACAAUGACUAUAGAUUAUUGCAUAAUGUUGCAACUGUCUCGAAAAAAAAUAUGAAACUAGAAAAGACUUUAGUUUUGAUAAAUAAACAAGAAAUUAGAGAUGAACAUAUUUCCAAAAAUAAUGAAAAAUGUAUAGGAAAUAAGAAUAAUGAUACUUUAAAAAAGACAAAGAUAACAGAUGUUAAAAGCUCAAUGAUCAAGUUAGCAGAAUCAAAGUUUCCAAUAGUGAGAUGCGAGAGGUUACAGAUUCAUCCAACUAAAGUUAAUAUUAAUAAAAUGAAAAGGCAAGAAAAAGAAAAUAACGUUCUGUCUCAUGAAAACAUAAGAAAAAGAAAACGUUUCUUUUUGAAAAAUGAUGAAUGGAAUCAUUCUGCAAAAAGGAUUGAAAAUGCAUCAAAUAUUAAUUCACUUAGUCUGGAAAAUAGUGAAAAUCAAAAGCAUACAAGUAUUUUAAAGCCAACAAGAUUUGAUAAUGUAAAUGAUUUUGAUAAUGAUGAUGUAAUUGUAUGCGAAAAAAAUGAAAUUGUGAGUCAACAUUGCAAUAAUGUUCAAGAGGAAAAAUGUACCAUGGUACCUGUGAGUAACAAAAAUGUUGAUAAUGAAACUCAAAAUGUAAAUACAAAGCCAAAUUUUGAUAGAAAUGAGAUAAUUUGUAAAACUAAUCUACUAAAUGAAAACCCUGAAUUUGAUAUAAAUCAUAAAGGGGAAAAAGAUAUUGAGAAAAAAGAAAAAUUAUCAGAAUGUUUAAAUGUAAUUAAAGAAGCACUGACCAGCGUAAAAGAUGAACAACUACGAAUUAAAGCUUUGCACGCCCUUGCAGAAUGUGGAGUAGGUAUAGCAAAACAAGUCCCAAUUAUUCCACCUGAAAGAUUAAGAACAGUUCAUGAUUCUCAGAUUCAAACUGAUGUAUUUGGACUUCUUGAUAGGCAAAGUUUUGUACUAGUGAAAGAAACUAUGUCUACCAUAGAAAGAAUAAAGCAAAUAGAACGUUCAAUUGUUAAUCCUUGCCCUGUCACGAAAGAAAUACAAACUCAAACAGAGAUGCAAAUACAGACUGAAUCUAAAUUACAUAAUAGUAUCUACAAUACGGAUUUAUUCUCUAUAUUGGAAGGCCCCCAUAUGGAGGUUCCUAUACAAGAUACAUUAGACAUUGAUAAUUAUUUUAAUGAAUUUUUCAAUGACAAUAACAACAUUAAUAAAGUGCAAAAAAUAUUAUCAACACCACAUUCCUUAUGUAAAAAAGUUGCUACACAAUUAAAAAAAGACUAUGACGAAUUGCAAUAUUGUGAUGAUCAUGGAAUGUUAAAUAUACAUCGAGCAGUGGUGAAUAAUAAUCUGCAUGAGGUGCAAAAGCUAUUGUUAAUUUUAAGAGCUUCAAAAACUAGUAUUGAUGUAUUAACAGAAGAUGGAAUGACAAGUUUAGAAUUAGCAGUUCAGCAUAAUGCAUCCGAAAGUAUAGUGAAUUUACUACUAGAAACUGGGGCAAAACCAAUUUCAUCGGAACUUAUUUGUGACUCUGCAGUACUUUUAGCCAGCAAACAGUCAUCACCACUUUUACCAUUACUUUUAAAUUAUGUUACAGAGCCUCAGCUACUAAACCGAGAGGAUUCAUUAGGAUUAGCUCCGUUGCAUUAUUGUGCACUAAAUGGCUUCUUAGAUGGAGUUAUUGCUUUGAUAAAAGUGGGAGCAGACAUAAAUCUGAAGGAUUAUCGUUCAGGAAGAACGCCAUUCUUUCACGCUCUUGAAAAUAAUUACGUGUUAGUUGCACAAAAAUUGUUAGAAUGUGGUGCAAUCGCGAAUUUACCGAACUUUUCUGGGCAAUCUGUUUUAAGUUUAAUAGACGAAACAAACAAUUUUUCAUUCAAGGCGUUACUUAAAUAAGGCGUUACUUAAAUAUUAAUUUAGUUCUACCUUUAAAUUAAUAAAUUAUUAAUAGAUAUCAAUGAUUAACGAAACAUCACAACUAAAGUUUUUCUACAUAUUUAAUUAACUUUAUUGUGCAAUUUAUUUAAAUACUGGUAGCAGUACUACUACACUAAUUGAUUGAGAUUUUGUUUGAUUAAGUAAUCACUGUUAUUUCCUAUAAGGAAUAACCAAAUGUGUCUGACUCGAAUUUAUAUUUAAGAUUUUGUAAAAAUAUUUUACUGACCAAAUAAAGUCUCGAUCUUAUGGACAGUUAGUAAUUUAUUAUUAUUUUACUAGAUGUACCUUGAAUUGGUUUACUAGAUGUACCUUUAAUUGUCAUAAAAAUAGGAUUUUCGAUAAAUUCUAUUUUUUUUUUCUAUUUUUUGGUUUUAUUAUGUUGGACUUUGAUGCUUUUUAAAAUAACUUGUACUUUUCUCUAGUUGAUACAAUGAUACUAAGAAGUUACUCUUUAUAUUGACAUAAUAUUACACAAUUAUAAUUUUAUAAA